UUAUAAUGCCCUUGUCCGGAAUCCCGUUUCAGUCCGCGAAGGCGUCGCGACGUGCACCGGCGCCGCGAUUUGGUGUUCCGUCGUCACUUGCACACAUUACACGACGUCCAAGAAGCUGACUCCGGAUCCGCCUCACUCAAGGUCUCGAAUCGCAAAAUGGAGCAAACAUCGAGUCGAAAAGUUCAACACACGUUACGACUACUUAAAAAUCAUUGAUGUUGCACAAAGCUCGCUCGAUAAUGAUCGGCAACGCGCAGGAAACGCUUUCAGAUAUUCACAACGGCACAAAGGAUCGGAAGCUGUAUCGCACGCAGAUGAAAUACUGGACUAAUUAAAGUCCUUCAUCGACAUGGUGUUGAACACCGAGUGGGCUCAGGUAGAAGUAAUAGACUUGAUCAACGACGGCUCGGGCUUGGCUUUCGGCAUAAUAGGGGGCCGUAGCACCGGCGUCGUCGUCAAAACCAUCCUGCCGGGUGGUGUAGCCGAUCGGGACGGCCGCCUCCAGAGCGGGGACCACAUCUUGCAGAUCGGCGAGGUCAACCUCAGGGGGCUGGGGUCAGAGCAAGUGGCCUCGGUUUUGCGCCAGUGUGGGAUUCAUGUGCGGAUGGUCGUCGCACGUCCGGUGGAAUCGACUUCUGCAGAUUACCAGGCGCUGGGUAGCCACGCGCCCAUCGUGCCGACGAAAAUCCUGGGCGAUCCCGUCGAGCUUGACCGUCACCUGAUCGAAAACGGCUACGCUGAAACGUCGACCCAUCAACCUCCGUCCUCUUUCACAACACCAUACAUCUACUCGAGCCAAAACUCCAACUUCCAGUUACACGUAAGCGACUUUACUCCUCGUUUAAUGCAAAUCGACGCUGAGUUUCAGCCCAUUACUGGAGCCGUCGACGUCGUCAAAAACCCCUUACCUAUCGGAGAUGUUCCGGCACCGCCACCCACCACCGGACCCGUCAUUACCAACAUGCUACCUCUGGAUAUGGCACUGCACGAGCCAAAUUUGCCGGAAACUGAAACGUACUCAGUGGAACUGAGGAAGGACGACCUGGGACUGGGGAUAACAGUCGCAGGAUACGUCUGCGAAAGGGAAGAAAUAUCUGGCAUUUUCGUGAAAAGCAUCAGCAAAGGGAGUGCCGCUGAUCUGACGAAGAAGAUUAAAAUCAACGAUCGGAUUGUUGAGGUGGAUGGGAUGUCGGUGGUGGGCCACACAAACCAUCAAGCGGUCGAAUUGCUCCGAAGCACCGGUCCCGUCGUAUCAAUAAAAUUCGAAAGGUAUUUAAGAGGUCCCAAAUAUGAACAGCUGCAACAAGCUAUUAAGGCAAACGAACUUCGACCGCCAUCGCCCGUUUCACCCACGAUAUCGUCAUUGCCUAAAGUACCUUUAAGUUUAGUGCAAAUGAGUUAUCUGGGAAUAGAACCCGAGGGGGAAUCACGCACAAGUUUUGAUUUUGAUUCCGCCGUCCUUUCGGAAGGGCCGGACAGGGACGACGAGGAGAUCGUCAUCGACGGCCGAAGAUCGUUGGAGUUUAGCAUCGAUAGCCACGAGUCGAUUUACGACAAAUGGAAGGAAAAAGUGCGGGAUGACGUCCAAAUUGUGAUCGCUCAGAUGCAAAAAGAGCCAAGUAGUGGCUUAGGGAUUAGUCUCGAAGGCACGGUCGAUGUUGAGGAUGGCAAAGAAGUGCGGCCUCAUCACUACAUCAGAAAUAUUUUGCCUGAUGGCCCCGUUGGGAGGAACAAAGUGCUACAAGCCGGUGACGAAUUGCUCGAGGUUAACGGCAUCCAACUCAUGGGUCUCAACCACUUAGAAGUGGUCUCAAUACUAAAGCAGCUGCCAAAUUUCGUUAGUUUAGUCUGCGCUCGGUAUCCGGUUCCUAUUAGAAUAAUCGACACCUCUCAACACCGGGAAGCUUUCCAAGCUAGAAAAAUCCUCGCUGGUAGUCUCCAAACCCUCAUCCCCAACAACGAUCGUCUAGUCAAAGCCAAAUCCGAGACCUCAAUAGCUUCGAGUUUCAACAGCGAGCAGUGCAACGGCAGCAGAUCGCGCUCGUUGGAACUCAUCGCCGGCUUGCCCAUGUGGAGCAGCGAGCCCACCAUCGUGGAGUUAAUCAAAGGCGACCAUGGCUUAGGCUUUUCAAUACUAGAUUACCAGGACCCUCUCAACCCUCAAGAAACUGUGAUAGUUAUUCGAUCUCUCGUCCCUGGUGGAGUGGCCCAACUCGACGGCCGGUUAAUCCCCGGCGAUAGACUCCUCUCUGUCAACAAUAUCAAUGUGGAAAACGCGACACUGGACAAGGCAGUGCAAGUGCUCAAAGGGGCGCCCAAAGGGCCCGUUCGGAUCGCCGUGGCUAAGCCGUUGACUGCCACCGAUGCCGUUUCGCACGCGAGUCAGGAUACGGAAGAUGACCAAACUUGCUUGGAAGACUUCCAAGAGUGCAUCGAAGAAUACCAAGAGUGUUUAGAAGUAGUUCACAUAUGCAUAGACGAAGACAACUCAUCAUUCAACCGUUCGGCUAGCACUUCCCAAAUUGAAGACCUCGGCCAAAAUUUAAUAAAUGCUCAAAAAAGUUUAACCGAAUCGGAUUUUUUAGAAAACAAUAAUUUACUAAAAGUCAAACAGAAAGGUAGCAUAGGUGAUAGUGAUUUAGACAUAAGUUACAAAAGUACAAAUGACCAUUUAAACAAUAAGAUUGAGUGUGAUAAUAAAAUAACUCCAUUAAAAACUGUCAUCGACAACAACAAGGCCCUGAACAAGACCGACAGCCUCACACAGAGCGACAAAGGCUCCAACCAGGACGGCUACGAGACCUGCAUCGACGAGUCCUUCUCCGACGAAGCCCCCAGGAACAACAACCAGGACCCGGAGGAGGAGCCCACGCCCACCAACUCCAAGAUGAACAUAUCAGCCCCUUGCACCGACUCGGAGGCCGUCACCGUCGUCACCGCCGCCUCCGAGCCCUGCCUCACGGAGCAAUACUCCAACCACAUAUACCUCGACACCAAGUCGGACGGAGAGCCCAAGUCCUACGAAUGGCUCGGGGAGGACGAGUUCUUCCUCGUCCAGUACUCCCCGGACGAAGUCUCCAAAAGCUACGGAGAUCUCCGGCCCAGAAAACUCACCUACCGGCUCAAGGAGUACUACAACGACUACAAAGACUGCCUCGAAUCCUACAAGAUCUACACCGAAGACGACAAAAAAACUGAAAUGAGCGACGAUUUAAUUUUUAACGAGAUUUUACUCCCUUUCAAAAGCAGGUCAGCUCCUAAUAUCAUGGACAGUUCUUUUGUGACCCUCACUUAUGAUCCAGGACCCGAUCGGGGACGCAGGAAGUCCGACGUGCCGCCGGGACACCAACCAGACAGUGACGCGCCAUUACCAAUGACGGUCAUAAAACCCAUUGAUAGUGAAACCAGUGCCCUGCGAGGAAGCCAAGUCGAAGACAUGUUGCAGAAGCACUGGGGCUCGACCCACACCAUCAAGGUGUACCGGGAGCCCAACGCGAGCCUGGGAAUUAGCAUCGUUGGGGGAAAAGUCGACAUUCAGUCGAACGAUGCGAGCGAUAAGGUUUUGGGUAUUUUUGUGAAGCAAGUUGUUCCUGACAGUCCCGCCGGUAAACUGGGGCUGUUCAAGACCGGUGAUAGAAUACUGGAAGUAAGCGGAGUCGAUUUGAGACACGAAAGUCACGAAAAGGCUGUUGAGGCGAUUAGAAAUGCGGAAAAUCCGGUUACUUUUGUUAUUCAAUCAUUGAUUCCUUGGAAUUGUGAAAAUGAAGAUGAGUCGUACAAAAGCAACGAAAAUAUUUGCCCUUCGCCCUUCCCAUCGCCCGUCAGUGAAAAAGCACCGGUUGCAUUUAAUCCACCCGAGAUUACCAUAUCUCAUGAUGACGAUCAUAAAGAAGUAAAUGAGUCGGAAAAUGAAAAAUUGGAAGAAAAAGUAGAUGAUGGAAAUGACAAAGAAAGUGAAAAAAUUUCAGUUCCAUUGAACGAAGCCGAUGUUGUUAUUAGAGACGAAUCGCUUGAAGACAGUGAGGAAGAUGAAGAAAUCGAUAUUAGGUAUAUGGAAGGAAGAACGUUUUCGUCGAAAGGACAGCAGAUCGAUAGGGCAAGUGCUGGAAAUUACAGAAGAAGCAAAGAAGAAUCGGAGGCUGAUCCUGAGGAAGAGGACGAUUUCGGAUAUACAACUAACAAGGUGAAGAAGAAAUACGCCAGCCUGGGUCACACAAUCCUUAUGGUCCAACUGGAGCGCAGCAGUCAAGGUUUGGGCCUGAGUUUGGCCGGUCACAAGGACCGCAAUUGCAUGGCCGUUUUCGUGUGCGGCCUGAAUCCGAACGGCGCGGCUUACAAGACGGGAGGCAUCCAAAUCGGCGACGAGAUACUCGAGGUGAAUGGUGUGGUUUUACAUGGACGCUGUCAUUUGAACGCUUCCGCUAUCAUUAAAGGCCUUUCUGGACCGAUUUUUAAAGUCAUUAUAUUAAGGCGGAAAACUGCCAUCGAUGACAUCGCAGUUAAGCCCAUCACACAAUUUCCAGUUUCCUUGGCGGAGGAGGCCUCCGAGGAGCAGUUUAGCGCUAGCUAUCCCAAUGUACGAACCGUCGCUAUCAAAAAGGGCAACCAGAGCUUAGGUAUAAUGAUAAUAGAAGGCAAGCAUGCGGAAGUGGGCCAAGGUAUAUUCAUCUCGGACAUCCAAGAGGGCAGUUCAGCCGAAAAGGCCGGCCUAGAAAUCGGCGAAAUGAUCCUGGCCGUUAAUAAAGACUCCCUAGUCGGCUCCAAUUACGACACCGCCGCCAACUUGCUGAAGAGGACCGAGGGUUUGGUGAACCUCGUCGUGUCCAAUCCGGGGAAAAAAGAUUCGGCGGUAACGCAAGCCAACGCCGUUGACAACACCAAACAAAACGCCGUUUCCAAACCCACUCUUAAACCUUCUUCCGGGCCCCCGUCGAGACCCAGCACGCCAGUACCUGAACCCGCCGUAGAUCUCACGACAUGUCCGAUAACGCCGGGAAAAGACGUCGCGAUCGAAAUCCCAACGGACAACAAAGGCUUGGGCGUAUUCUUCGUAGGCGGCAAAGACACCGCGAUGCCGAACGGAAUCGUGAUCGUGGAAGUGUAUCCUGGCGGAGCGGCCGACAGGGAUAGCCGCCUCCAAGCCGGCGACCAGAUCCUGGAGGUCAACGGGACCCAACUCAAGGACGUAACACACACCACCGCCGCUCAGGCGCUGAGACAAACACUGCCAAAGAUGAAGCUGGUCGUCUAUCGACCGGAGAGGGUCGACUUCACCAAGCUGGACGUGGAGCUGACCAAGAAGCCCGGCAAGGGCAUGGGGCUGAGCGUCAUAGCCCGGAAAUCCGGGAAGGGCGUCUACAUCGGCGACAUUAUAAAUGGAGGGACCGCCGACGUGGACGGGAGGAUAAUGAAAGGGGACCUAUUAGUGUCUGUGAACGGGCAAAGUGUCGAAAAUUCGUCACGUGAUGAAGCCGGGGCCAUUCUUAAGACUGUCACGGGCAGAGUUUCACUCAAAUUACACAGAUAUAAAACGGUCGCGAGAUAAUUCCACGGACUGUUUAUAGUGUGCUAAGCCAAAUUUUUCAAGUUGAUAUUAUUUCCAUCGAGAGGUGUCUUUGCCAAAAAUUCGAUUGCGUUUGCAUUUAACGGUUUAUUGUCGCAUUUAAUUCGAUGAUAUCUGUGUAUUAUUAACAUUCAUCUAGUCACUUAAGUUAUUCGGUACUUAAUUUAUUAUCUAAGUAUAUCUAUUUUGUAAAAAUAGUAUACCUGCUUCGAUUGUGAUAAAAACUAAAAAUUUAGAAAAAUAAAUUAUAUUUAACUAAGUCAUUUAUGGAAGAUUUUUAGGGUAAUAUGUCGAGUUCCAAUGUAUUUUUCAAGGACUUUUUGUUAUCCAGAAAAUCGUAGGAUCAAGUAUUUCAUUAAAAUCGCGUAAAAGUAAUAUUUAUAUAGAUGAUUACAAUAAAGAGAUGUGCAUGUAUUUAUCAGUUUAGAACGCAUUACUAUUUUUUAGGUAUAUUCAUUAGUUCGUUAUAUAAAUUUUAAAAGAAAUUAAAUAAUGUAUUGAACAGACUGUAAUAAUUUGUAAAUACUGUAUUGUCUUGAAAAAGUUCACUACUUGUACUAAAUCUAGAACUAUUUUGUAAAUAGGGUUAUGCAAUGGUGCAUGCUGGAAUUUUAAUAAAAUUCACUUUAUCUCUU